CGACAACCUCCCCCGCCAAAACAAACCUCACCUCUAAACCUUCUUGCCCUCGCGUCGCAACUCUCAUCUUUCUCGUCCUACUUGCAACCACCCAGUUCCUAUAAUUUCACACAUCUCACAUCACUAUGUCGUGGCAAGCAUACAUUGACUCAAGCCUCGUCGGCUCCGGUCACAUUGACAAGGGCGCCAUCAUCAGUGCUGCUGGCGACAGCGCCUGGGCUUCUUCUCCUGACCUCCAGCUCAAGCCUGAGGAGAUGAAGGCCAUCUCUGCCAUCGUCGGCGGUGACUCGGCUGCCAAGGACAAGGCUUUCGCUGAGGGUCUCUACAUUGCCGGCGAGCGUUACGUUAUGGCCCGAGCCGAGGACCGGAGUAUCUACGCCCGAUCGGGCCGCCUCGGUGUUGCUGUUGCGAAGACUGGCCAGGCCAUCGUCAUCGGCCACCACGGUGAGGCCCAGGUCGCCGGCAACGCCACCUCUACCGUCGAAGGUCUUGCCGACUACCUCAUCAAGUCAGGAUACUAGACAUUCAGUGUGUGAGGCAAGGGUCUGGACGGAAUCAUCUGUGAGAAGCGCCAGGGAAACGCUGUUUGUCCGUGGAGCGGACAGUCAACGCAGCUAUAACGAGCUUAUGCCGAGAAGAGCGCCUUUGUUUUAGAGCACUGGGCUAUGAGCUCGAGUGUGUUACCUGGGGGAGGACAUUUUCCUUAUUUGACCAAAAAUCGGUCGG